AUGCCACCAAAGCUAAACCUCACAUCUGAAGAGUGGGCAUCACGAAAGAAGGCUCUUAAGCAAAAGUUAAAUAGAGCCUAUAAAAGCUUUGCAAAGGGUACACUAAGUUCAACUAGUGAGCAACUAGAAUAUUACUUCUACCCCACGCCCACCAGUUCUCAAAACCUUGAACCUAUGCCUACAAUACCACCAGUAUCUUCGGUUAUCACGCCCGCAAUUCCUCCAAAUCUUACACCGCCAUUACCUAUACCUCUACUAGUAUCCUCUGAUACUGCAGCCCAGCUUCCCACACGAAGCCCUAGAGUCCCAACUAGCCUCCUACCACUCCAUAUACUACAGUCCGGACCCAGAACUAUAGAUGCUACAACGCUACCAAUAUAG